CCAAAACUCCCUGAUGUCAGCAGAAAAAGCGCUCACUAGCUGUGGACUGGCCUGACCGGCUGUGCAGCCCUUGGAUAUUCCUAACUUCCUUUUCUUAAACCAUAUCCUCUUCUGACAGAGCGUAUAAAUACCUCUGUGUGUGUGAGAGCAUUUAAAGUCACCUGUACAGCUCACGAAACAUGUUGAACUACUUGUCUGCUUUUACCUGGCUGCUUUUUGUCAGUCAUGUUCCAGCUUUGCCAACAAGAUUCAACAAACACACAAACGAGAGACCAGUGAUUGGUAUUCUGACCCAGAUAGUGACGGAUGAGGUAAUGAAACCCUAUGGAAAUACAUACAUUCCAGCGGGAUACGUGAAGUACAUUGAGUCUGGAGGUAGCAGAGUUAUGGCAAUAAGAGUGGAUGAUCAUGAAAAGUAUUAUGAGGACGUUUUUCAGAAGAUAAAUGGCCUGCUCCUGAUUGGUGGAGCUGCAGACUUGGAGACAUCAGACUUUGCCAGAGUGGCCAAGAUCUUUUUCAAUCUUGCCCUAAAGGCCAAUGAUGCUGGAGACUACUUUCCCAUCUGGGGCACGUGUAUGGGGAUGCAGCAGCUGUCUGUUCUUGUAGCUGGAGAGAAUCUGCUCACAAACACCCCAGCAGAAAAUGAAGCCAGGCCUCUGAACCUAACAGCAGAAGCUUAUCAGAGCAGAAUGUUCUGGGACUUCCCAUCAGCCCUUAUGGAAGCCCUCACUCAAGAGCCUCUGACAGCUAAUUUCCACCACUACGGCCUCACAUUGGAGACUUUUCAGGAGAAUAAAUACUUGAACAACUUCUUCACCAUUUUAUCCACAAACAUCGCAGACAAUGGAGCAGUCUUUGUGUCCACUAUAGAAGCUAAAAAAUAUCCCUUUUAUGGAGUACAGUGGCACCCUGAAGUGAACCGCUUUUCAUGGGACAGAACAAAGACCUUCCCUCACUCGUAUCACGCCGUGCAGCUGUCUACUCUACUGGCUCAGUUCUUUGUUAAUGAAGGAAGGAGGAGUUUACACCACUUUGAGGAUCCUCGCGAAGAAGACAAAGUUCUCAUUUAUAACCACACUCCACUUUACACUGGUAACUUCACAGCAUAUGAGCAGGUCUAUUUCUUCUGACACACAGGGGAAGGUGUGAAUGAGACUAUGUGAGUGUGUUCUGAUUGGCCGACAGCAUGACUCACUGUUUAUGAAAAUGCUUUCCUGUGAUAGAACUGCUAUUUUUACACCAGUUCAGAGCUAUUUGGCAGUUAACGUAUUUCAUUUCAUUUGAUUGUAGUGUUAAAGGGUGUUUAAAAAAAAAAGUUUGGAUUUGUUUUUUAUAUCUACAAACUAUGA